UUGCUUGCUAUUUCGCCUCCCGCGGAAGGUAUUUUGAAAGGGGCCAAAAACUGCAAAAGAAACUCCCAGAUGAGCAUUGGAGACAAAAAUCUUUCCUGGUGCGAGCUGGUUUUGAAGGAACCAGAACGAGAAGUAAGAAAAGGAAACCGUGGCAUCCCAAAAUACACUUCUGGAUUUGGUAUCUUGACGGAAUGGAGCCUGUAUUUGACAAUACAUGUUCAAGAAGAAAAGGUCGUCCCUGCUCAUGGAUUCCUCGUCUCCAUUUGUAACAUUCCACCAGGCUCUCUGAAUUCCUUUCCUCCAGACCAUCGAGUUUCACCAUGGAGACUAAGGCCGUUAUCGAUUUUCUGUCUUGAUUCGCAGCGCCGAGCU